AUGGAUAUGACCGUGAUCUCAAGGCAAUUUGCAGUGAUCGUCAAUAAGAAAGGCAUUCAAAUUCUGAAGAGGAUUAGUGCCUGUGCAUAUACGAAAGGCAAUGUGAAUAACUCAUCUUCUUCUAGUGCUCAGUUUUUUGAGGUCUCUGGGCAUAGAGGUUUUCUACCAGCCAUGGAUCCUCUGCCUCAUCUCUCACACCCACAAUUCAGUCCAUGGGAAGAAACUCUGCACGAUCUCCCCAAGUUGCUUGCUGCCUUCGACCAUGGCCAAAAGCUCCGCCAAACUAUAGAGAAAUUACCACCAUUUCCUUACCAAGAUUUGUUACUAGGAGGAGAUUCAGAGAUUUGGAGAGGAAUGUUGGUUUUGGCGUUCAUGACACACGCUUAUAUAUGGGGCGCUCCAUCUCCAGUAAGUGUGCUUCCCAGUAAGUUGGCAGUUUCAUUCUGCGAAGUUUCUUCAAGCCUGGGCAUGCCUCCUGUUCUGACAUAUGCCUCUUAUGCUCUCUUGAGUUGGCGUAUUGUGGACAAAACCUCUGCAAUCGAGCUGGGAAACAUAGUCUGUCUUCAAAAUUUCUAUGGUGGUUUGGACGAAGAAUGGUUUCGUCUUGUCCAUGUUGAUAUUGAGGCCAAGGCAGGUGUAGGAUUGAAGGCCGUGGUGGAUGCCCAUGAUGCUGUUGCUCAACAAGAUGUGGCUCAGGUAAGGGAAUCUCCCCACUCUUCUGUUGCAUUGUUUAAAUACGUUUUUUUCCUUGGUAAUCAUAGAGCAGCUCUGUAUGCUAAUGGUAGGUCUUAG